AUGUUCAUGUUAACUCGCGAGCUACCUCCUAGAAAUAGAUCUACCCUUCUAUGCCUUUUUUACUUGCAAGCGGCUGAUGUUUUCCUGUGGAGGGACAAGAAGGGAUCGGUAAGUGUUCUUGUUGCGAUAACGAUCAUAUGGGUUUUCUUUGAAUUGCUUGGAUACCACCUGCUGACUCUGCUCUCCCACUGUUUGAUUCUUGGCCUUGCUAUGUUGUUCUUAUGGUCCAACGCUUCAACCUUCAUUAACAAGUCUCCACCACGCAUUCCACAAGUUAAAAUUCCAGAGAAGCCAGUUCUACAGAUUGCGUCUGCAAUUACAAUUGAGAUUAACCGGGCUUUUGUUAUCCUGCAAGAGAUUGCCUCAGGGAAGGAUCUGAAGCAAUUCCUCUUUCUUAUGGGGCGUGCAGCCUCACACAUUACAUUGGAGUGUGCUCUGCAAACCCAACCAAACAUUACAAUUAUUGGAGAAGAGGUUGCUGCGAAGAAGCAGACUCUAAAAAAUGUCACCGACUACAUUGUGAAUAUAAUCUUGAAGUGUGCUGACCUUGGUUAUUGUAUUAGGUAUAGGAAUUUUGGUGUAUUAUUGUAA